AUGAAGGGAAUUCCUAAUGGUUCUGCAGUUGGGAGUAUUAUGUAUGCUCAAGUUUGUAGACGUCCCGAUCUAGCAUAUAUGGUAGGUAUGCUUGGUCGAUACCAAAGUAAUCCAAGUAUUGAUCAUUGGAAAGCAGUCAAGAAAGUACAACGUUAUCUGCAAGGAACUAAAGACUACAUGCUUACAUACAAAAGGACAGAUAACCUUGAGGUUAUUGGUUAUUCAGAUUCUGACUUUGCUGGAUGCUCGGAUACCCGGAAGUCUACUUUUGGAUAUAUUUUUAUGCUAACAGAUGGGCCUAUUUCAUGGAAGAGUCAAACGUAA